UAAUAUGUAAUUUUUAGGAAACAUACUAAACACUAACGUCAACAAAGACAAGUGAGAAUUUCUUUAAUGACCUUGUCAACAUUCUGUAUGCGAUACGUGAUAAACAAAAUGAUACAAUUGAUAUUCAAAUAAUUCAAUAGACAAAUUUCAGUAGUAGGUACAUAGUUCGUGUCUAAUUAUUAUCAAAUAUUAUUAGAACAACUUUUGUGAUAAUGUAAAAUAUUUUCUACUCAUUUUACGAAACCCUAAUACAUAUUCAUCAUGGCGGUACUGACUAUUGAUAUCUAUUAACUAUCGUACUGUACAUUUUGGAAAGUAGCUUAGUAUCUUUACUCAGUUGUAAGUUAUAGUGCUUACAGCUUUGUUGUAAAAUACUUUUUAUUCGAAAUAACUGACUAAUUAAAUUGAAUUUAUGGUUUAAAUCUUUUGUACUCAGUAUUACUUAAACUAGUUGAUUGUGUUGCAUCACAUUUGUUUACAAAUUAAUCAAUUCAUUAUUUUAUAUCUAAUUUGUCAUCUUUAAGCAUUGUUGCAAUAAUAAAUAAAAUAAUAAAUAAUAAUGGACAACUUUUAUGGAAAUUCAUAUCAAAGCAAUGGAGAUGAUCAAGAUUUUCAAAAAUUGGCUCAAAUGAUUGGCACUAAUAUUCAGAAAAUAUCACAAAAUGUGUCAUCUAUGAAUAGAAUGGUAAACCAAUUAAAUAUCGUACAAGAUGCUACAGAAGUUAGAAAACAAUUACAUCAAAUAUCACAUUAUACACAGCAGCUAUCAAAAGAUACAAGCCAUAACUUAAAAGAACUCAAUGAAUUACGACCAUAUUCUUCUCAAAUAGAUCAAAGGCAAUUCAAAAUUCAAAAAGAGCGUUUAGCUGAAUCGUUUACAUCUGCUUUAAAUGCAUUUCAAUCCACUCAACGUAGAGCGUAUGAUAAAGAAAAUGCAGAAUUAAUAAAGCGUACAAAAGCAUCUGCAUCUACAGGAAUAUUCCCACCACCUCCGAGUUCUAAACAUCAAAAUGGUUAUACAAACUCAGUUGAUAAUCAAAACGAUCAAGCUCAGUUACAAAUUUUGGAUGAAGUAAAUUUACAAGUGGUUGAACAAGAACAAGCUAUUAGACAACUUGAGAAUGAUAUAAGUGAUGUAAAUCAAAUUUUUAAAGAAAUUGGUACCUUGGUUCAUAAUCAAGGUGAGAUGAUUGAUAGUAUUGAAGCUAAUGUUCAAAUCACUAAUGUAUCAGUACAAGAAGCUACUAGUCAAUUGAGGCGAGCAACAGAUUAUACUAACAAACUCAGAAAAAAACGCUGUUAUUUAUUAGUUGUUUGUGCCGUGAUUUUAUUCAUUAUUAUAAUGACAAUUGUUUGGGGCUCUAAUUAA